UAUGAGGUCCACAAGUUGUAUCUUUCUGUUGAAUAUUUACCAGACCAUUUUAGUUAGUUUUGAGCAUUCGGAUACAUAUGUGGCUAUGUUUUGGUUAUUUAUUUAUUCUUCCCUUUGGAUAGUCCAAUUACUGCUUUCUGAAUUAUUGUAACAAAUUGUCUUCAAUAGAAUUAGAUCUAGCCUACGCACUGACAAUUUGAUUCCUUCUGAAAUAAAAAAUCUAGACAGCUUGACAUCUUGCUAACUCUUUAGCUAACCUUAUCUGGUCAACCAUCAUAAUUAAGUCAGGUUAUUAAUUACAAGUUCGACUAGCAGAUACAUGAGAACUGGCCCCUUUUUUUUGGGUGCUCUAUUUGCUGAAGUACUUGUGAAUUAUAAGUUUCAUGCUGAUCUGGAUAUCGAAUUAUAGCAUGUAUUGUUCAUAUUUCUUCCACUGGCAACACUGUUUUACGUACACUUCUAAAAAAAUGACCAUUAUUUUUUCUCUUAAUUUUCUCUAGAAUACAGAAUGAUGUCAGUCGUAGUGUAUUUGAUUGUUAUCACAAUACUGUAUCAGGGUUAAUGAGUGAUUCUUCUGUUGCAACAAGCUUGAUAUGCAAAAAAUUGUUUGCUUGUCCAUCUCAUUUUUUAUAUCCUAUAUUGUAGACGUUGAAGCCACCUUUUGAUUGAGGUUUGGUCGUUUGGAACUAGUAAUAGAAACUUUCAACAUCUGAACAAAAGGUGCUCCUUGUACUACUGCUGUGUAAUUUACAUUUCACUGCCUUUUACAUUGUAACUUAAGUAUCCUUGUUCCCUUCAACUAAUAUAGAAUUUCAUGCCCAGUUGAUAUUGUGAGAAAUAAACAAAUCCUGCUGUUGAGACGUUUUACUAUUCUCAGGAUAUCUGUGCUUAUUUUACUGACAUCCAGUUAUAAGAUUUCGGCUGUCUUGAUGUUUGAAUUAUAUAGCUGGGAUGCUCUUCUAAACGGUUAAGCGUUGUCUUUAAGUCUUUUGGUGUUAUAUUAAGUUGACUUUGAAUGGAUGUUCUAGACAUGUCUGCAAUUGCUCAGGCUUCAAAUGUGCCAAACCAAAUGAGUUCGAUAAUUGCAGCAAGCUGGUUUUACACUAUGUCAAAACUUGAAACGCAAUAUCUAUACAUGGAAUGUGUUUAAUGAACUCGUCACUCACAAGCUACUACAUGCUUCAACUACUUUAGACAGGCAACAAUCAUCGUAACUCGUUAGCUUGGGCGAGCGUUUGACGUUGAUUAAUAGUAUGUUGACUUCUCAAGUUGAUUAUCCUUGUGCCAUAUACUUGAUUCUGGCUUGGGUUAGAAUUAUGUUGGAUUCUCUAUGUUGAAGCUUUAUGUGGCAUCACAAUCGAGCACAUUUUUCAGCUUGUGUGCUCUCCUCUUGGAGUUUGGUCAGCCGGCCUAGUGAGAUGGAAGGGCUGGGAAUCAUUAGCUUUAAAUAAUACAACCUUGCACAAUUUUUUAGAUGCUCCUUGGAGGCAAAUGGUGUCUCAAUCUUAUUUUGCUGAUGUGAUUGAGAGAUUGCAUCUCCAAAUAGAUUGCGGCCUUACAUUUGAAGGAAUAUCUAGAAGAUCUUAAGUGACAAAAGGAACAGAGUCUUCGAUACGAGCUUAAACCUUCUAGGACAGUGAUAAGAAGAUGAGAGUUGUAGUGGCACAGCGUUAGCAACGAUUUGCGUACCGAUUCAGCAGCAAGUAAAAGUGUAGGGGAAAGCUGCAUUGGAACACCAAGAAAGUUAUGAACUUUAUAAGAUGCAGUAAGAUUUCCAUGGCCAGGAUGCAGCGCUUUCUUUUCCAGUUCCUAAACAUACUAGCAGUCAUAUCCAUCGUUCAUUGUCAGUCAGGCGAUUCCUUGACUCCAAAUAGCUCGCUCAGUAAUGGCCAGAACUUGACUUCUCCCGGAGGUAUAUUCCAGCUCGGCUUCUUCACUCCCAUCAGUGGCUCAGUAAAUGGAUAUAUAGCGAUAUGGUACAGCAAUUCCUCUCUCACGGAACGCAUAGUAGUAUGGAUUGCCAAUAGGAACCAAUCCAUCAACACCUCCACCGCAACACUCAACUUCACCUCCGAUGGCAAUCUAAUCCUCCUCGACAACGGAACUGAUGUUUCAUGGUCGACCGGGACAUCCGCAUCUCAAAAUUCAGCACAAGUGCAACUUUUGGACUCGGGCAAUCUCAUCUUGACCGGCGACGGCGGCGGUGGCUCGAAUGAGACUCUGUGGCAGAGCUUCGACCAUCCGAGCGACACUCUCCUACCCGGCAUGAGGCUCGGAGUUGACUACCGAACCAAUACCUCGAGGCAGCUCGUGUCGUGGAAGAGCGUCACCAACCCCUUUCCGGGCAGCUACGCCUUCAAGAUGGAGACUCGAGGAGUUCCAGAGAUCUUCCUCUGGAAUGACUCCUCUAAAAUCUACCGAACGGGUCCUUGGAACUCUCAGGGAUUCAGCGGCAACCCGAGGAUGGAGAAAAGCGACAUUUCGAGCCAAUUAGACUUUAAUUUCGUGUCCAACAGUUCUAUGGUCUACUACUCGACUCAAUACAAGGUCGGGUCGUCAGCGCUGUCGCGAGCAGUGAUGAACGCCGCCGGCCGAUACGAGCGGUGGAACUGGGAGAGCGGCCGGUGGCUGCAAUUCUGGAACGUGCCCGAGGACGACUGCGACGGGUACGCGCGCUGCGGGCGCAACCGCAUCUGCACCAUGGGCUAUUACUCCUCCUUCUGCGAUUGCUUGGAAGGCUUCGCGCCGGCGCCGAACGGAAGUCUCGGUUGCGACAGGAAGAAGCCGUUGAGUUGCGCGUCGAACAGAGUCUUGAAGGUAGCCAACGCAAAGCUGCCCGACACAGAGAACGCCACGAUACGAGGCCAGAUGAGCCUGGGUGCGUGCAACGACGUGUGCACCAACGACUGCUCCUGCGUGGCGUACGCACUGGUUGGGGAAAACGGGUGCGUGACUUGGGAAGGCGAUUUAGUGGAUCUCAGGAAUUUUACCGAAGGAGGGGAUGAUUUAUAUAUCCGCCUUGCAGGGUCUUCUAAACGCAGUGUGCUUGUUUGGGCGAUAGCCGUUCCUGUGUUCCUGGCAUUUCUGCUGCUGUGUAGUCUGAGUGUGUUCAUGUGGAGGAGAAAGAGAGUAGGGAAACAAGACUGCCGUGAGACUGGCUCCGAAUCCUCCUCGGUCAAGGACGAUACCAGCUUGCUGAUGUGCUUGUCCAAGAUGGACAAAGGCGACUCUGGUAGCCUCUCGACAGUGGGUUUUGAUGCAUCAGAGCUGAGGUCGAGGUCGAUCAACUCUGAGACAUAUGGUCCGUGUAUUGAAGGAGCAGGUGCAGGUCGGCUUGACAUCUUGGGGGCACUGCCUUCCUAUGAUCUGUCUACAAUAAAGGCUGCAACAAAUGAUUUCUCUAUCAACAACAAACUUGGUGAAGGAGGAUUUGGUGUGGUUUACAUGGGUCAAUUGCAAGAUGGACAAAAGAUUGCCGUGAAGAAAUUAUCUAGACAUUCUUCGCAGGGCCCAAGCGAGUUCCAGAAUGAGCUCUCGCUAAUAUCCAAGUUACAACACAGAAAUCUUCUUCGUGUCCUCGGCUCCUGCAUUCAAGGAGAUGAGAGACUUAUCAUCUUAGAAUACAUGGAGAACAAGAGCUUAGAUGGUUUCAUCUACGAUAAAACGAAAGGCGCAUUGCUAAGUUGGCAAAAGCGCCUUGACAUUAUAAAUGGCAUUGCUCGGGGACUUCUAUACCUGCAUCAAGACUCUAUCCUGAGAGUCAUUCAUAGAGAUCUCAAGCCAAGCAAUAUUCUCCUAGACAAAAAUAUGACUCCAAAGAUUUCUGAUUUUGGUAUUUCAAGAAUAUUCGAAGGUGAUGGAGCUCCUAUGAAUGCAACCACAAGACCUGUUGGAACACUUGGAUAUAUGGCACCAGAGUACUUAGCAGAUGGACUUUUUUCAUUUAAAUCAGAUGUAUUCAGUUUUGGUGUCUUAGUAUUAGAAAUAUUAAGUGGCAGGAGGAACAAAGUGUUCAAUCAAACAGAUAUGAGCUCAAACCUUUUAGUACAAGCAUAUAGAUUAUGGAAGGAUGGUAGAUCACUUGAGCUUCUUGAUGAUGCACUAGAUUGCUCGUAUCCUACCAUUGAAAUCCUACGUUGCAUCCGGAUGGCUCUUCUAUGUGUGCAAGAAAAUACUGAAGACCGGCCCACGAUGGCUGAAGUCGUAAUGAUGUUAGCUAGUGAGGACCAGCUUCUUACUCCACUUAAGCAGCCAUUAAUAAGGUCAAUCGCCUGUGAAAGAGGCUUCACAACUCAAGAAAUGAGUAUUACAAUGACUGGUAGAUGAAAUGUGUUAAUCGCCUUUAAAAUAAUGAAUUGUUUAGACAUCAUUAGUUGGAAGAUGUGUAGUUAUAAAUUACCUGAGCAUGAUUGUAGUACAUUAGAAUUUAUAUUUUGUAUGUUUGUUGAUCAUCUUAUCAUAAGUUAGAGUUGAAUUA